AUGACAAAUAUCCCACCCCUCCCACCGGAAGUGGAGGUUCUAGUACGACCUGCUUCCGUGCAAAAGCCAGCGGUCCAGAAGCUCCAAGAGCAGGGUAUUAAGAUCUGGUCCAUAGAUCUUGACCAGUCCAAUGAGCUUGUGACUGCGCUGACUGGCGUCGAUACCCUCAUCAGCGCCAUUGGACCAAAUGACCUACUGCAGCAAAAGAAGCUCCUCCAAUCCGCGAAGCUUGCAGGUGUCAAAAGAAUCGUUCCGUGCGCUUUCAUCACGGUCGCACCUCCACAGGGUGCUAUGCGGCUUCGUGACGAGAAAGAGGAGGUCUACAAUGCCAUCAAGUUCUUGGGUAUUCCGUAUACAGUGAUCGAUGUCGGCUAUUGGUAUCAAAUCUCAUACCCGUAUCUCCCAUCGGGCAAACUGGAUUAUGCACAGAUUUUCCCCGUCAAAGAUAUUCACGGCGAUGGAGAGGCUCCUAAUAUUCUUACCGAUCUACGCGAUAUCGGACGUUUUGUCGCACGUAUAAUCCGUGAUGACCGGACUCUUAACAAAUACGUUUACACAUCUGGGGAUGUCCUUUCCGAAAACGAAAUCUUCCGCAUUGCAAAAGAACUCUCUGGGGAGGAGCUGGAGCCAAUUGUCGUGAGUCGUAUUUCUUCAACAGCAUGGCUUUUUAUGCUUACUCGAGUGUGA